GACGACGUCGUCGCCGCGGCGGCGACGACGACCGGCGCCGGCCGCGCGACCGUCCUCGCGGCCAACUCGGUCGCGAGCCGUCGUCGUCCGUCCCCAUCCGUGUCCCGAUCGUCCUACCUCUCGCUCAACUCCGCCACCGCCACCGCCGUCUACGCGACCCGCGACCGGCCCGGACCGCUAGAGGGGAACAACGGUGAGGGCGAGCCGCGCGUCUUCUUCCCGUGGUGUGUCAUGGGGUGUUUCGGCAGCCAGAGCAAGAACAGCCAGGAUGAAAGCAAAAACCAGAAGAGACGGUCCGACGCCAUUACCAGGCAGCUGCAGAAGGACAAGCAGGUCUACCGGGCCACCCACAGGCUACUCCUGCUCGGAGCGGGAGAGUCCGGCAAAAGCACGAUCGUCAAACAGAUGAGGAUACUGCACGUCAAUGGUUUCAGCGAAGCGGAGAAGCGGCAGAAGAUCGAAGAUAUUAAGAAGAAUAUUAGGGACGCCAUUUUGACGAUAACCACUGCGAUGAGUACGUUAACGCCGCCCGUUACGCUGGGGGACUCGUCGAACCAGAGCAGAAUGGACUACGUCCUGGAAGUCUCGUCUUCCCCAGACUUCGAUUAUCCUUCGGAAUUCUACGAAAUCGUCGAAACUCUUUGGAAAGACCGGGGCGUUCAACAGAGCUUCGAGAGGAGUAACGAGUAUCAACUCAUCGACUGCGCCAAAUAUUUUCUAGAUAAGGUAGCCAUCGUAAAACAGCCGGAUUACACGCCCACGGAACAGGACAUCCUCAGGUGUCGAGUCCUCACGUCCGGCAUUUUCGAGACGAGAUUUCAGGUCGACAAAGUAAACUUUCACAUGUUCGACGUCGGUGGUCAGCGUGACGAGAGAAGAAAAUGGAUACAGUGCUUCAACGACGUUACGGCGAUUAUAUUCGUCACGGCGUGUAGUAGUUACAAUAUGGUACUCAGGGAAGACCCUACAAAGUUGAGACUCAGGGAGAGUCUCGAUCUCUUCAAAAGUAUCUGGAACAAUCGGUGGCUCCGCACGAUCUCGGUGAUCCUCUUUCUAAACAAGCAAGAUCUAUUAGCGGAAAAGGUCAAGGCGGGCAAGCACAAAUUGGAGGAUUACUUUCCGGAAUUCGCGCGCUACCAAACACCGGUGGAGCCCGGGAUGGCGGCGGAUCCCGCGGAAGUGCCGGACGUCAUAAGGGCCAAGUACUUUAUCAGAGACGAGUUUCUCCGCAUAAGUACGGCGAGCGGCGACGGCAAGCACUACUGUUACCCGCACUUCACGUGCGCCGUCGACACGGAAAACAUCAAGAGAGUGUUCAACGAUUGCCGGGACAUCAUCCAGCGGAUGCACCUGCGCCAAUACGAGCUCUUGUGACUUCGUUUCUGCCGACGUCUCCUGUCAUCGUUCGUUAACCUGACGGCCACGCUGCACCUACUGCGAAUCGCAUGAGCCGUGCCGUGCCGUGCCAUGUCGUGCCAUGUCAUGAAUUGUGGCCGCGAGGACUCGCUCGAGUUCCACACGCCUGGGCGUAUUCAGGUAACGCGUGGGUAGGACUCGCUCGUCGCCAGUCCAGGAAAGCCCGGGAGCGCGCCAGCGGACUCUACGCGCGGUCAACACACCACCACUGCGAGCUGCUCUCCGCUGUGCGAGCUGAAUCCGUCUGUUGCGUGCGAAGCGACUUCCUUCUCGCGCGGAAUAAAUUCGCCGCGAGCCAAGCCGCGAGAGAUGACCGCGCGCGUCGACACGUCGGCUAGCACGUGUCCUAGCACCGCGAGUCGCCUGAGUUGGAUGAAAACGUACGAGCGGCCCCUCUCCAUCACUCGACUCUCCUUUGAGUAGAUGAAAGAGUGUGCUGAACGCUCGUCGUCGUCGUAUCCGGACGACGGCGGGAUCGAAACGCUCUCUCGCGCCGCGCCGUUGAGUCGCGCGCGUGAACCAUUACCUCGUUAAUUUUAUUCCUCUCGCACGCGAUUCCGCUCGGUGGCGGAACGCGGGUGAAUCCUGUCGUAACUGUCAUAAGCGUGGGCCAACGUCGUCGUCGGAUGUGAUUCGAGGGACGAUCCUCUCCGUUCAACACACUCUUGACGUGAAUUAUCGUUCAGAUUAGAGUUAAGGAUGUUUCCUAAGACUUAGGCGAACCUCUCCGGUAAACAAAAAAAAAGAAGAAAAAAGAAACAACUCUUAUCGGGUUUUUUUUGUACUUUCCUCCUUAAUCGUUUCCGAAUCUCCGCUAUACUUUCGCCUCGCUCCCCUCCGUACAUCUCGCUUAGAAUCUCCGCGUCUCUUGUUUUCUUCGUUUUCUUUCGUUGAGCCUUCGACUUCCGAAUCUCGAUUCUUUUUAUUAUUACAUUGGCCCGACCUGUAGGAGUCUCAGCCGCGCCCUUUUUACGAGAAGAGUAUUUUGUGAGAUUUUACAGUAUUUCGAAGAGCGUUUUAAUUAUAUAACUAUGUAUCGAGUAUAUGUACAGGGUGACCGUCCACGGAUUCUCAUCGUUUUAACGUACGUUUCUUACGAUCGAGAUCUCUCACGGAUAUGGAUUUCCCCUUUUUUCACCGAUCUAUUUACAUAUAAAUAUAUAUAUAUAUAUACAAUCUAUAUAUACCGUAAAGAAAAAUCGAGUUACUUUUUUAAUUUCUCUGUACUUAGGCACGUGCGCGCGCGCGCUACCCGCAGUAGCAAUCGUCUCUGUAUAUCCUAGCCCUAGCCCACGUAAGAAAUGUGCCACGUUCAAGUUCUUCGUUACUAUACGCACGCAAGUAUAAUUUCGCGAUACGUUGCACGCGUUUCGAGACUUGUGUAAGGGUAAUCUCGUUUUUCCUUUCACCCUGAAAUUCGCAUCUCUCGCAUUCUCUUUCGGAUGUAACGUGUACAAAUUUUUACGUUCCUGAUCCGAUCGACUGGCUGGAUCGUUUUCGCGGUCCCGAGACGCGGGCCGAUGCGCGAAAAGAUGUUGUUGCUCGCGCAUCGCGCCACGACAAUUGCAUCCCACUUUCCUCGUCGUCGCUACUUGAACAUCCCGUGUGCGGUAAGCCAUCCGCCAACUUUUCCUCGAUUUUUACCAUGUUUUUAGUAUCGAAAAAUAACAGAAUGCUCGCGCGCUAAUGACGUAUAUACAUACAUAGAUCAAGCAACGCAAUUUGAAGACGGCUAAUUAGAGCAGCUACUCCAGUCACUUUCCUACUGAAAUACGGAAAUGAAAUAUUUUUUCGCUACAGUAUUUAAAAGUAAAUAUAUAAUCACAAAUUUAUAAUUGUAUAUAAUAAUUUUGUAAAAAGAAGAAACUAUAUAUACAUACAUACCUAUAUUUUUGGUGAGAGAUGUGUACCAAGUCUGAAAAUUUGGCAUGCGUUAAGAGAAGGAAGAUUGGCCGCGGUUAUUAUUAAUAAAGAGAAAUAACAUAACGCAUAAAUAAUUAGGAUUAACGACUAAUGUAAUCUUGCUAGCUCGCUGAGAGAUAAUGAUGAUGUAUCGGAAAGGAAAAAAAAAGGGAAGAUUUCGACGAAUAAGUCCUCGCGCAUUUACAUUGUCAAUUACCGACUUCAUUCUUGUUGCAAAAGAAUCGGGAAUCCUUGGUCUAUGUGCGUAUAUCAUUGUGUGCUCGCGUAUCGAGUUGUUUAGAGGAUUUAUGCAUGUGCGUAUACGAUAUAAUGUCACUCGUACGUUCUCCAUAUGUACAUACACAUCGUCGUAUAUCUCGUCGUCGCUUAUAACGAGUUUUCUGUGUAAUUGAAACAGAGAAGGGAAUCCCGUAAAAAAUUGCGCACAGCCCGCUCGCAUACACACACUUGACGCGCGUUGUUCGGUUAAUCUUUUAGCUACGUAUCGCGACACAAGGAUCUAGCGAGACUCGAGACGUUUACAGUAACAUUUUUCUUUCGAUCGAUUGCAAUUUCUCUCGCGAUUGAUUCCACAUUGCCCUAGCUAUUUCGUGGCGAUUAAUGUGGCAAAUCCUGAUAGUUCACGGACAGUUGAUAAUCGCAGUCCAUCUCGUCUCCAAUUGUCUAAUCUGAAAGAAUCUUUUUUUGCAUAUUGUGAACAAAGGGUUAACGCCGAUGACCGACUCGUCGUGAUUACCGCAAAUAACGAGAAUCAAAUCGAAGCAAGUAAAAUAACAAUUAAGGUAAAACCGAGCGAGAUUCCGAGGGUUUUGCGUAGCACACUGUAAUACACUCGAUCGUUACUUCUGUAUGUUUUUUUUUUAUUAAGUUACUGAUUGUUAAUCGUGUCUUUGCAAUUUUAUAGUCUAAUCUUUUUGUUAUGGCGGGAGCGCACAAUUGAAACGGCCACGUUUCGGUUUGUCUCACAAGAUCGUUUCUAAGGUUUAAGGAAUCUUGGCCUUCUUUUGUACAAGUGCCCAUGCAACUUUAUCUUCUUUUUUUAUCUCGCUAUUUUACUCAUUGUAAGUGACGUUACACUGUAGUUUGUCCGCUCGACUUGUUAAAUUAUUAUCUCGCGCGCGACUCUUACACUUUUUACCAUAACCCGACGAGAACAUAGGAAUCUCGGGGCAUUACAUAACAGGUAUCCUCUACAUGCCGACGUGUCCACAACUACGUAACUGUAACUUCAUACAAUAUCGGUGUACGUGUACAAGUACGUGUGGAAGCAUGGUACCAAAAAGUCGACCGUAAACAUCGCCAAGUAAAAUUCCUCUUUGCGCCCUGUCUUAUUUCAUUUACUUGGUAACUCGGGGUAAAGAAUCGUAGAGUUGUGUUUGAAAAUUUUUAGCCUGUCUUUUUACAGAGGACGGGGGGGGGAAUAGAAAUCAUUGAUUCCACAACGUUCGGCGAAGAAAUGGAAUAAACCGGUCGUCUCAGUGUGUAUCUAAUUUGCACCUAUCGUGCUAGCAUAUAAGUACAGACAAGCCAUAGUUUGUAACAUAUUAACUUAUUUAUAAGUUCGCGAAACGUUAUUUUUACUACGACUGAGGAAGAGAAAGAGAGAGCUAGAGAGAAACCGAGAAAAAGGAGAGAAUCUCUUCGCGAUUAUUGUCCAUCAAACUUUCGUGAAACGUUGAAUGUUCACAUCCGGCACAAAGUCGAAUGGAGGCGAAUAUAACGAGUAAUUAGUACUUUCGUGCCUAGAUUUCUUUCCCUUCUCCUCUUUUCCUCUCUUUUUCCAUAGUAGAAGAGAAGAAGUAACGGGUACGCCCUGUUUUCUGAUUUCGAGAGGUUUACGUAGCGACGUCGAACGGAAAUUAGAAGAGAAGAUAAAUCGAAGCCACGUAAUGACGGAUUUCUAUUGUCUGUGCUACUGGCCACGACAGUACGUACGUUUUGUGUUUGUUGUGUGCGUGCGUGGGUAUGCGUGACACGUAAGGACAAUGUCGCUAUUAUCCACAGACCAUGAAAAAGAAAGAAUUCACGAGUGUGUAAUGUAUUAUUCGUAUGUGCGAGUAUGCGUGUACGCAAAAGCGAAGUGGACGAUGCGAUGUGCCGAAUAAAUAGCUGAUUUACGUGGUUCGCGGCUAUAUAUGUUGUAGUGCGACAUAUACAUAUGUUAUAUACAUAGACGCCGAGAUCGCACAAGUUUCCUUUUCUUUUAUCGUACGUAAAAAAACACAAAAAUGGGCGUUCAUAUAUACUGAGUGCGAGAUAUAUCGUAAUUUGCGCAGACUUAAUAUUAUUUGUAAAUAUUAUCGAGGGAAAGCGAUGACGUUUCGAUGGACCCGUUCAAAAUUCGAAUUUGAGUCUCGCGAUCUGGAUCGCGGAUGAACGACCGGUAGUGUUAGGGAGAGCCGCAAAUCGAAUCGGUGAAAACGCCGUCACCUGUUGAGUCGAACGCGAGAUACGUCAACGAUCGUGAGUGUGAUUUAAGCCGAUAAUGAACGGAAAAGAAAGCAACGCGAUGUUACGCGAUACAACGCCAAUCGUCUAUAAAAAAAAAACAAGGAAAGAUAAUAGAUGCAGCACGUUGUCCGCGAAGCGCAUUAUUGUUUCGUCUUUAGCAAUAUUCUUUGUGGACCACGUCGCCGAUUAUGUAGCCUUAAAUAGCGAAAGUAAAAGUAGAGACGCGUGGAAUUGGCAUUGGCACAACAUAAACAAGGAUAUAAGGAUAUUCGACGCAACUAUUAACAAAAAGGUGUAAUUACGAGCUAUCGCGCUAACUCGGCUGUCGCCAAUUUUGGUUUAGUCUAUUCCCUUGUAAGGUAGAAAACGAAAAAGCUAGUAGAGAGACAAGAGUUUAAAAGGGGAACCAUCUAAAAGUGUGUCUGAAGUAUUAGAAUUGAGACAAUGUUUUUUUCUUCUCUUUAAAAACAAAAUCACAUUGACGUCAAUGACCGCUAAUCCGGAUUGGCAAUGCGACUCUCACAGUCAGCCUACAUAAUACAGUUGACGGCUGAAAACAGUUAAAAGUAGGUGAUUAUCCAAUGAUCCUAUUAGCUUCGGAAUUUGAGAACGUUAUGCAUUUCUAAUAAGAGCGUCUAUCGUACGCGGCAGUUAGAUGCUGCGUGCGAUACGGUUUUGAUUAGAUUACCAACGAAUCAUGAUGAUUACGCUGUUAUUCGAUAAAUAAUCUCGCAUUGUCGAAUCUUAUUAAAAACGAAUCGUAUCGCUGUAAUAUUAAUUAUUAUUGCCGUCGCGACGGUCAUUAUUAAGAGCUGACCUACUGAAAGUAGCAGCUUGAGCGGGUUCUUCGUAACUAGUGUCGAGAAUCGGAUUAAAAAUCAUGCACAAAAUCUCGAAAGUUGAUGUGAGCGCGAUGAAAUCACGAUCGAUGUCCAUACGGCACGAGCGCGACUUUGCUUUUAUAAGAGAUUUAUCAUGGAAUUUUAUAUCCUAAUUUUAUAUACUUAUAUAUAAAAUGGCAUGUCUUAAUCUUGAGGAAGAGAGAACAAGAGAGUUUCUUUGCGAGUUUUCCAGAAAAAAAAAACCGAAAAUCUAAUUUUACGGCACAAACAAGUGCGUCUUUCACUCUGUCGAGAGCGUUAGAAGCGAAUGCAUAAGAACACACGUGAGAUACAAUUGUAUAGAGCACGCGCUUGCAUUUCCACGUUACCAUUUGUCACGAAUAAACCGUAUCCGACGAUUAGUUUUAAACAGCGAGCUGCGAAAUAAUGUCAUCUGAUAUACUUUCUUCUUGGAUGAUUUCAUCGACGGAAUCAGAAACAGAGAUUGUAUAUUCGGCAGUGUUAUCGUUUAGUCCGAUAUGUGAUGUAUAUACAUAUAUAAAUAUAUAUUCGUUAUAUUUAUUAAAAUUUUAAAAAUAUUGAAAGCGACGCAUAUAUAUAUAUGUAUACGUAUACAUAUAUGUAUGUAUUAUAUAUAGAACUUGGCAGCUAACCGAAAUAUAUGGAACGAGCGAACGUUUCCACGAAAGAUGCGAAUUUAUUUCGGUUCGAAUCGAUAUCUCGAUGAAAUCGUCCAAAUGUGGCAUAAUCUUUCGGAGUUGGGCCAGUGCACUAUCUUAUCGCUCUUCCAUUCACGGAGAGGAAAGGAAAUGUUCCAUUAUCUUGUAUCUAUAUCAUGGUUCCACCAUGGUUCCAUAGUGGAUCGUGCCUUUCUAUAGUUUUUUCCUCACGCAAGUUGUUUCGUUAAAUCUCUGUCAUUUGUCGGAAAAUUCGAUUCUUUUCCUAGGUAAAUUAGAAAUGCGAAGCGAUCUUACGUUUCUCAUACUCUCGUUACCGUAGAAUUAAUUUUUAAUUUAAAGUAGUAGAUAAAAUGAAGGUAAAUAAAUCUGAUCUCUACACACACACACACACACACACACACACACACACACAUGCACAUAGAUAUAGGAGAUAUCAAAAAAUAUGCAUGCGGUAUGUUAUUUUCUCUUCUUGAACUUUCCUUUCUGUUGUAUGUCAAGUUAUGUUUAUGCGAUCUCGUGUAUAUGCAUAAUUGUUUAAUGUGAGAUCGCUCCGCCGUUUUAGGAAAAAAAUUGAGAAGCAAGAGAAAGAAGCUACUUGUGCCUCGAGCGCGUUAUCUAUUCUAGAAAUUAAGUAAUUAAUCGAAAUGGUGUCAUUUCUAUAAGGAUAUAUGUGUGGUGAACGAUCGUCAGUGCUAUUUGGAAUUUGACUUUUUCUAGUCUUCGAUAGCGGUUCGCUGGGCUCCACAUUUUUAUAAAGCGUAAAAUAUCGCCGUCAAAUAUACAUCAUCGCGCGUAUAAUGGUAUGUAUUAUAAGAGAGAUAUUAUAUACAGAGAGAAUGAGAGAGAGAGAGAGAGAGAGAGAGAGAGAGAGAGAGAGAGAAAGAGAGAGAUGGGGUUUAUUGAUCUUACCCAAAAAAAAAGAAAAUAUAUCCAGUAGGAUAGCUUAUAAGAAGCGAUUAAAAUAAAGUAUCAUGAUCGGAGGAGACUGACGAAUACAACGUCGUUCCGUAAAGAUAAUCACUUUAAUCCAAAUCGCUAUAAGAAAAUCGACGGAUCACGUAAUUAUUAUUACGUGUGAUUGUGAGAAGAAAACGUGAAAGAAAAGAAACCAAAAAAAAAGGAAGCAAGGAAAAUUACCGUCAAUAUAACUACGUCCCCUCGUGCCCCGUUUUCUCUCGUAUCAUUAAAUUAUUCGUUAUUGCGUGUCUCUUAGAAAGAUGUCUAGCUGAAGACUUAAAGAUGGAUUAUAUUAUUAUUAUUAUUACUAUUACUAUCAGUGCAAGAGAGAAAGGCGAAAGUGUGAAAUGUCACCUCUUCGAUGGUGACAUUUAAUAAGUGGUACACUAAUUUAGGUGCGAUUGAGUUGACACAAGUCGAGUAAGAGCAAACGCGAUGUGAGUGAUUGGCGAACUCGUGAAAUUCGUUAGGAAAUCAAAUUCAUAUUGUUCGUGCCACGAUUUCCAUCAACUUUGUUUGUACUCUCGCCACUGUGGCUUGUAAUUCCGUCGAGAGGAGUUACAUAGAUAUGUAAAGAGAGAGAGAGAGAGAGAGAGAGAGAGAGAGAGAGAGAGAGAGAGAGAGAGAGAGGAGGAGGAAAAAGGAAGAACGAGAUGAGGUGAAUCAAUAGUACCUUGCGUACAGUGCAAUUAAUACAGAUGAAAAAAAAUAUAAUGCUGCCGUGUAAAAGUACGCAUACAAACGAUCAAAUACACAUGGUUAAAGGCACUUAGCGUGCGUGUAUGUAUAUCAUUGUAUAUCUGAUGGUGCCAUUCGAAUGCAAAUCGUGGAACGAACACAAGUAGAAUAUAAAAUAAACACACACACAUACAUAUAAAUAUAUAUGCAAUUCAUUGAAUCAAUCGCGCAGUUUGAAUGGUGUGCAUUGCGUGUAUUUCAGACGAUGUAUAUGGGACUACGUGCAUGACUGCGUUAAAUGUGUUACUAGAUUACGAGAAAAAUAUUUCAUUCUCAUUCUGUGAUGACUGUCUGCUGAAUAUACGAGAGGCGAAAAGAGAACAAGAAACGUUUACGUCAAGUCUUAAAGCUAAUGAAUUAAUAAAUUGAUUUAGCGAAUAAAGAUUUAAUUAACAUUCGUUGUAGUAACUGCGCAAGAGGAAGGAAGGGCAAGAGAGAGAGUGCGUGUGUUAGAGAGAGAGAGAAAGAGAGAGAGAAAAAAGGGAGAAAUGAAUCUUUAUAAACGUAAAGAGACGCGCGUGUCUCUCGUUCGUUACGUGUGUGAAGAAGAGGCGGACACGAUAAAUUCAUCGCGCGCAAGGACUCUUUAACAUGUUAAAAACGAAGAAAACCGAAAACACGCUGUAUCCGAGUUGCGGUGAGAAGAGAACAGUAUGAUUUGUAUACUGUAUAACUUUAGUCGUUUACCAUUGCUUUCGAGAAUAUAUAAGAGUUAUGUGUAUAAAUUAUUAUGUGUAAUUAAACAGAAGUCAUUUAGUAAAUUCUAAGCGUACGUAAUAUGUAUAUUAUAAAUACAGAGAAGAAAAACGUAUGCACAAACAAUAUAAGCACGCAUAUACAUGUAUAUACAUAUAUGUAUAUGUAUAUGCAAAAAAAUUACAAGAGUAAAAAGGGAGAGCCAUUGUAUCAUACGUUUGUGUAACUAAAAUGAUGUGUAAAAUGAAA